AUGGUUAUACCUUCGAAGCGUGCAAUUAGCUAUAAAAAAGGUCAUAGUUUUGAAAAAAAAUCGCAACGCCGCCGGCCGCCGGCCUCCGCCCUCACCCCCACAGCCGCCACAACCGGCGACUUUGCCUCUGACCGCCGCCCCCUCUCAUCCCCUCCUCUCGUGGCAGAUCGAGCGACAACCGCGGUGUGGGCGGGCGGCACUAACGCGCUGCUCUCGGCCGAGGAGCCGCUCCCGCCGGGCCAACCGCACCCGUCCGUCGCCUGCUCGCCUCCCGCGGCGUCUUCUCCGAGCACACAGACGACGGAGGUCGGAGGCGGUACACGCUUGUGCUGGCGUGGCCGUGGCUCCACAAGGACGUGCUCGACCCCGCCGGCGCCUAGCCCUUUUCGCGCGCACGCCGGCGUCCCCGCCUACGCCUACAACGGCCAGGACCGGGAGGCGAACGAGGUGAUGCCCGACGACGAACAUCUGCUCGAGGACAUCCUACUCGAGGAUGCUCCUCUUCGCCAACAUCUCCAACGCGUGAUCAACUCCCCGCAUAGACCCACGUCGAGGGAGGAGGAAGCAGAGGCUGGCAACAAGGAGCGGGUGUGGGUGCUCAUCCUCGCCGCUAACCACAAGUGCUGCGAGAAACUUUGGGCAGAAUUUGCUGCCUCCACUGCCUGGGAAUGAAUCUCAUAACUUCUAUUCUGAUGAGCACUAUCUGCCAACCUUAUUUAAUAUGGUUGAUCCAACCGGAGUCCCGAAUUGGUCAGUGACAUGUGUUGAUUGCUCUGAAGGAAAAUGACAUCCUAAAGUUUAUAGGGCUGUUGACACAAGCUUUGAACUGCUUAAAAGUAUAGCGGUGAGCUGAGCAUGCGUUGGAUGUAAAUUUUUAUUGCAUGUAUGACCAUGCGUUGGAUGUAUGAGUUGGAUAUCUUGAUCAUCUUCGGGGCCUGGAACGUCGGCGCCGGGCCCUGGAACCGGUCUCCCUCGCGGCCCAAGCGGUCGCCGCCGGAUCUGGGGCCCUCAACGGAAUCGGCCGCAGAUCCGAUGAUCCGCGACGGAUCCUACGGGUUCAGGUGCAGAUGGGUGGAGGAGCGGCGGCGGAGGGA